GUUUGGGCCAGUUUGGGCCUCGCACGAAAUAGACCAGAUGUCUGGAUCAGAUCUGUGAUCGGCACUCGUGGGCUCCCCCCCACAAGACAAAAAGACGGAACAUUUGCCUGAGCACUUUAUUGGAUGAAGAGCCUUCUGACCCACAAUGCCGGCCCCACAUCCGCACUCAUCCACAGGAAAGAUUUGUGCUGGCGCGUCACGCUCCAUCCCACCAAGCACUUAUCCUGCUCUAAAUUUGGGCAUUGGUUGGUGGAUUCGAGAGCUGCGAAAAGUCAUCAACCCGUGACAAUUGAACAACCAGCCAGCCGGACACGAUCUUGCACCACCCACAACCUCGGAACCAGUCUACUCACGCCAGAAACUCAAUUCUCUAGUUUGCCAAGCAGCCGGGGUUUCUCCCAAGCAAGGCCACAUCACUGGGCCUCUGGCCUUUUUGCGCCCGCGACCGACGAGGCGAGUAAGAUCCGCCCUAGCUCAUAUUUCGAGGUUCGUCAGCAACGGAGCGGACCGACACGGCAUUCUCCAGGGACAGCGAGAGACAGGCAGCGACAGCUCCGUAAUCUUUCUCACAUUUCCACUUCCACUUCCUCGGCGCAGACAGAUACAGAGACGAUGCCCCUCGAUACGUCGGCCUACAACCUUGCGCUGCUCCGCGUCGACGGGCGAAGGUGGAACGAGCUGCGGCGCAUCCACGCCCAGAUCCGCACGCAGGCCGCGGCAGAUGGCUCGAGCUACCUGGAGAUUGGACACACCAAGGUCAUGUGCGUAGUGACUGGGCCUAGCGAGCCUGGUUCUCGCCGCGGUGCAAUCGGCAGCACGGGCGGCGGGGUUGGAGGCGGCGGGGCGGGCGGCGGGGCGGCACAGUCCAAGGGUGCCGAAGUCGCCGUGAGCAUUGUAAUCGCCGGGUUCAGCUCGGUCGACCGCAAGCGGACCGCGAGGGGCGACAAACGCAUCCUCGAGCUUCAAUCUACCAUCUCCAACGCCCUCGCCGCCAGCCUGCACACGCACCUGUUCCCACACAGCGCCAUCAACAUCUCCUUGCACGUCCUCUCGCAGGAUGGAUCGCUGUUGGCGACUCUUAUAAACGCAGCCACGCUGGCGUGUGUGGACGCCGGCAUCCCCAUGACGGACUACAUGGCGGCCUGCACUGCGGGUUCGACAUCUACCUAUGCUGCGAACGACGAAGCCGCAGACCCCCUCUUAGAUCUCAAUCACCAAGAGGAGCAGGAGCUGCCGGGCUUGACCGUCGCUACGCUCGGCGACAGUGACCGUGUGACAGUGCUGGUGUGCGAGAGCAGGGUGCAGGUAAGCCGUUUAGAGGGCAUGUUGGCGGUAGGCGUCGACGGUUGUAAGCAAGUCAGAGAGAUAUUAGAUCGUGUAGUCCGGGAAAAGGGACGUCGUAUGGUGCAAGAGGGCACAGUGGAGAAGGGAGUUGGUCUGAACGACAUGGACGUCGACUAAUAACAGCCCGGCAUUUAAUUACAACCUCUGGGUGUACCGUUAGAUGGGUCGGUUCGGGUCCGAAUUACGAAUGUUAUGACAACCAUGACAUUAUGCUUAGCGCUACAGAGCUCCCAGCUAA